AUGCUAACUAAACCAGGCCAGCUAAAACCAGGCCGACCUCUUACCCAAUGCUCAUACUAUCAUAGUGACAUAAGGGCGCUGCGCAUCUGCCGCAGCGCCCCUGCUCCCCCCGAAAUGAAGGGGCGGGAAAAUACGCAGCAGAACACGCAAGACGAUACACUGACCUUCCAGAAAGUCCCCUUCCCGAACGCAGCCCUGCGCUGCCCGCUGCACAGGCUCCUAAGCACCCGGAGCGACGUCCCCAACAGCCCACGUGACCUGCCGGAUGUCAACAAACUCACGUGCGUGUGCCGCCUGGCUGCUUCCUGUGCCGCCUGUAUAUGUGUACCUCGCGUUGGUUACGGCCGUGGACCUGACCGCUUGUCAGUUAGUGCAGACCUAGUGCUGAGGGACACGAGAUCUCAAGAGUCAGAGAUCAGUUUGAGAUGUAGGUCUACAUAUCUUGCUAGCACAGAAAGUGAAGAAACCAAUUUAGACACUAUUGGAGUUGAUAAUGAAGACGACUGUUCUUCCGACCAAAGACAGGGAUCAAGUGUACGGACAGCAAUACAAUGUCCUCUGCAGUGCAAGUGUACAUCAACUUAUGUCAAUUGUUCUGGUGCUGGAUUAUGGACCAUACCUCCGGUCAAGGACUUUCCACCAGAUACCAUCACCAUGGACUUCUCAGGAAACAAACUGACUUUGUUUCACUCCAAAGACUUUAUUGGACUCCCUAACCUAAGGAACCUAAAUCUGAGUCGCAACCAAAUUUGGUUAAUUGAUGAACUAUGGAAUGUAUCCCUGCCGGAGCUGCAGACAUUAGAUCUAUCUGACAAUCGUAUACCAUGUGGCUGUCCCCUUCACCGUUUAAUUUCCAAUUUAGCAGCAGCAGGAGUGAAAUUACUUAUAAGCACAGAGACAGAAAGCUGCACUCGUAACACCAGUUUACCUUUACUUUCUUGUGCAGAUGAAUAUGUCUCAUGUUUGAGCAGUUCCCCUGACUCUGCGCUGCAUUAUUCGCUUGUGACCCCAGUGUCUUUUUCUACUGAGGCCUGCUUUGCUCUUUGCUUUCGUUACGACUACUCUUAUUAUAGUAGAGAUGAUAUCCAGCGAUGUCUUUGUGGCUCUGAUAUAUUAGAAGUCAAUGGUUCCUGUGUUGGUAUAUGUUCAAGGAAUGGAGAUAGCAACACAUGCAAUAAAACUAUUAUCCAAGAACUGCAUUCCAUCCAGAUGGCAAUUUCGUUAUCAGCCUUUUCCCACUACUCUGUGUUUGAACCUUGUGGCUUUCAUGUAAAGGCUUCUGCUCCUGUUAAGAAAUUUGUUUGGGAAUUUGAAGAUGGAAGUAAACCUGUUACUACAGGUGGCAGAGUUAUGAACCACAAGUACAGUCUCCCUGGACAAUAUCUAGUGAAGGUGAAAGCAGAAGGGAAGAAACCUUCAGCAGAACUCCUUGUGACUAUAACAGUUCCUGUUGACAUGGCGGAACUUCAAUGCCCAGUGGUGGCCCAAACAGGACAAAGCCUAGAGGUGUGGAUGCAGGUCAAGCAAGGGACACACCUGCAGGCUGUUUAUGGGAUUCAUCAACAAGAUGGCCAAAAUCUAACUGAUGAAUCCUCGUGCCCCCGUGGUGGGAGGAUUUUCCUAGGUAACCUGCACUGCUAUUGGUUGAGUUAUGUGAGAGAGCCACUGAUUUCGGCCCAAAGUCGUUGUUCUUCAGUUUCUGGAUGUGGUCUUGCAUACAUAACCUCACUGGAUCAACUAAGUUUUAUACAAGAAUCCUUUUCUGGGCACCCUCCAGUUUGGAUAAACAUGAAACAGUCUUUAAAAACAGAGGACAGGAUUUCCUUGGCUAAUUCAGAUGACCAGAAAAUACAGGAUGAGUGUAUACGUUUGCCAUUAAUUCCUGGGAAAGUCUAUCAGAGAAGCUCAUGCAUGGAAAAGGCCCCAUCUUUGUGUCAAUGUAGAGCUGGAGCCCAGUUCCCUGAUGCUCCUGUGUACCUGGUAGGUGUUCCUGUUUUUGAGGAGGCUGCCACUGAGAAUACUACAUUAUCCCCUGUACAUGAAGAUCUUGAAAGUAAUGUUGAAGUGAUGCUAUUUCCCGGUCUUUGGUUUAGCCAUUCUGGGCAUCUUUUGUCUCUUGAAAUGGGAAUCCAACCUCUCCAACAUGAAUACCAGGCACGAGUUCAGAUUCUGCGGCCAUUUUGUAGUCCAGAAGAGCAUUUGCUUCCGCCUGGUUGUGAAUCCCAAUCUCCUUUUGCUACCUGUCAUCAUCAUUCUUUAUGUAACACUACUGGGGCAUGUCCCAUUGGCAAACAGUGGUGCUCACUUACUGAAACCUGUCUACGUCUUGGCAAUCCUUGUAGUAUUUAUGCCUCUGAGAGCUACAUGCACCCACCUCGAUAUGUUGGAAUUCCACCUCUAUACUCACCUGUUGCUGACAUCCCUCUGCAUUUUUCACCAAGCAGGAAGAGGCAAAACAUUCAAGUCCUGCUUUCUUACCUGUCUCACACUGUGCACCCUGAUGACAUCAUUUCUAUACAGCACACAGGUGUCAAUGGGUCUUUCUUGCAUUGUACCUCUAAUUCUAAUUCACUCUGGCGGCAAAGUUAUAUUUCCAUGACACAUCAAGGAUGGUUGAAAGAGUCUGUCCUUAUACAUUCUGUCAACUGGGUUGAUGAUGUGGUUUGUGACCUCCAUGUGUUGUAUGGGUCAGAAGCACACAGUAUUGUGGUCUCUCCAUUAUUAUGGGGUUUUCAGGAAGCUGGAACAUAUACAAUUAGUGCUAUCCUAACCAAUGAAGUUAGUUCAACUACAACCACCUGUGAAAUUAAUAUUCUAAAUCCUAUCACUGAUGUGCAGAUUAUUCACCCUACAUUUUUUAAUGGCUCUUUGCAUCUUUUGACCCAGGAAGCUAAUCUGGUUGUUAUCAGUGCACGUAGUACAAGUGUUGUUCGUGUUCAUUGGUUAACAAGUCUGAGUACAGAGUCCAUUAUGCAGCAAGAAUGCCCUUCAGACGUUUCAUCUUCUUUGCCUAUUUGCACUGCCCAUUCUGGGGAUGUGAGAUUUUCUUGGAUAUCGUUGCACUUUAACAAUCCACAAAGUACCGUACUUUCCAUCCAGCUGACUAAUGAAGUCAGCGUCAAAAGUGUCACCAUACAGGUCCAAGCUUAUGACGUCAUCAAGGGGCUUCAAAUUCGGACUGAUGGAUCUAAUCACAUUCAGCUAAACCAGACUCAGACUUUUACAGCUGAACUUUCGCAUGGCUCAUCUGUUACAUUCACCUGGACAAUGGAUGAUAACAAAGAGUUUUCAUACAAGGGUGCAUGUUACACUGUGACAUUCAGAAUGCCAGGGGUUUAUAACUUAAUGGUUGUUGCUGAGAACCCAGUGAGUUCUCUAGAGGUGACCAUGAUGCUCCAUGUGGAUGGUGUUGGUGCUCCACUCCGUGCUGAGCUUUUUCUGUUUUCUUCUUUGCUGCUUGUGGCUAAGACUUAUGAAGUAUUUUUAAAGAUACAAAUGAAAAAGACACUUAAUGUGACUAUAAGAUGGGACUUUGGAGAUGGCAGCACACUGCUAUAUAGUGGAUUUUCUCCUCCAUAUGAUCUUGAUAACUUUAAAGAGUCAUUGGCCACUCUGAAUACAACAGAAAGGCAUAUAUACACACAGCCUGAGAACUAUCAAAUUAAAGUGACUGUUUACCAAGGUGGAUCUGAAAUUACAAGCACAGCACAGAUACAAGUUGUUUCUCCACUGACAUCCUUGACCCUUGAAGUAGACCAUUCAUCUUUAAGACUGCAUACAGCUGCACUGUUUUCUGCAUUAUGUCUGCCUUCAGCAUUUGCCGUCACCUUUACUUGGAAUUUUGGUGAUGAGUCUGGAGUUGUGCAAAGUAGAGAUUGCCAAAUACAACAUGUCUACAAAACGGUCGGGAGUUACCAGCUCACAGUCACUGCAAGUAAUGAUGUCAGCCACAUUAAUAAAACCCUGAUGGUUACAAUUGAGCAACAGAUCAAUGGCUUAGAAGUACAGAGCAAUAGCCCAACUGAGCUGGGUACAGAAAUCACAGUCCUCUGCUUUGUAAGACAGGGCACUAAUAUUAUUUGGACAUUUGAUAUGGGAGAUGGUACAUCUUAUAUUAACCAGUCAGAGGCCUCGGUAAACCAUAUAUACAAUCAGUGGGGUAAUUUUUCUGUUGCGGUAACUGCUAGAAAUGCUCUGAGCUCUGCCCAUGAUUCACUCACUGUUCAUAUAUACCGAAUACAAGUCAACAAUGUUCUUCCUGAAAUUACCACAAGUCUUUUAUCUACACAAUUCACUGCAUAUCUCACCAUGCCAUCAAAAUUACAAAUAUUUCACUGGGACUUUGGAGAUGGCAGUCCUUCCACAUGCAUUGAAGGGAAGGCAGAUGUGUGGCACACAUAUCAUUCUGCUGGAAAUUACACCAUUAAGUUGAUUAUGACUGGAGAUACUGAUUUUUACAGUCAAUCAAUAACAGUUGAAGAUAAAAUUGUCAAUAUAACAAUUAUUUCAUCUCACACAGCUGCAAAUGUAGCUCAGUUGGUCUUUUUUUAUGCUCUGGUGAAACCUCUGCCAGACCAUUGGCAUUCUUAUCAGUAUCAAUGGGAUUUUGGCCUGGGAAUUGAGUCUAUAAACACUUCUUCGUCAGAGGUCACCCGGUCAUAUAUGUUCGAAGGUCACUAUAAAGUGACAGUCACAGUCUGGAACCAAAUAAGCCAACAGCAAGCAUGGUGUUUUGUGACUGUGCAGCAACCAAUCAUUUCCCUGACUAUAGAACACAAUGGUGGAACUAUAAUCCCACAAGGUGUUGAGAAGCUGUUCACUGCUAGGGUUAGGCCAGAGGUGAUGGCUCAGUUCACCUGGCAUUUUGGAGAUGUUUCCUCUGCAUUCUUUGGACAAAAUGUUACACAUAGUUUCCAGCAGUCUGGUAACCUAACAGUUAGAGUCUGUGCGAAAAAUAAUGUAAGCUAUCAUGAAGUCACUUAUUCAAUUUAUGUGCAAGCUCCUGUCAAAGACCUUUCACUGACUCCUGAUGUGGUGUUGGCAAAGUGUAAAGAAACAGUCAACUUCUAUGCUACUCUGUCUAGUGGUGAUGAUGUGCAAUAUCUCUGGUCAAUGUGUGAUUCUUGUCCAUAUCUAAAUGGAACAUCAAACAUAUCACACACAUUUUUCUUUCCUGGGAUCUAUAUGGUUAGUGUGCGGGCUGAAAAUACAGUAAGCUCUGCUCUUACUUUUGUUACUCUAAAUGUUCAGGAACAAGUGCAAGAUGUAAGCAUAUGGCAAGAGAAUGCCCAGGUUGAUGGAUAUGCUGGCAUUGGUGAAUCACUUACUCUUACAGUUCAUGUGAGGAGAGGUUCCAACAUCACCUUCCAUUGGAAAGUAAUCCCCGGACCAUUGGAAAGUCAAAACUCCUCUAUUACUUUUCUUCCACUAGAACUAGGGAACUUGUUUGCAGAUGUUUGGGUAGCUAAUGCAUUAGGGAGAGUGUAUGCUCAUGCUCAGGUGCAGAUCAUAGAGAGAAUAAGAGGUGUAGCUAUACAAAAAUCUACUGAUGGGCUUGCCACUGGGUUGCCAUUGAAUUUAACUGUCCAUGUUCAGUCUGGCACUGAGAUGCAUUAUACAUGGGAUCUUGGUGAGGGUGCCUAUUUGCAUAUUGGCAAAAAUAAGUCAAUGACUGUAAGUUACCUGACCUCAGGCUGGAAGGUGAUUACUGUUACAGUUUCCAAUGCUUUGAGCUCCACCACUAAGUCAACAAAGCUGAUAGUACAUGACUCUGUGUCAAAUGUUAGCAUUACUAUCAAUGGUAUAUAUAACAUUGCAGUAGUACCAACUGGUAAAAUUGUUUUGUUCUGUGGUUUAGUGGGGAGUGGCACAGAGCUGAGGUGGGAAUGGAGGUUGUCGGGGCUGAAUGAACAUUUCAAAUUUAGUACACAGAAUGUGUCACACACCUUCAAGCAAGCUGGUGAGUAUGAGCUGUCACAUAAAGUGUACAACUCAGUGAGUAAUGCCACUGUUUUUCAAAUGCUGCUUGUGCAGGAAGCAAUAACUGAUUUUAAGAUCAAUACAUUACAGAAUAGUGUCUGUACUGGGCAAGAGGUCACCUUUUGUCCAAGUAUUCAGCAUGGUACAAAUGUGACUUUCAUGCUCGCUUGUCCUCAGCUGAAUUUUUCUCAACUUCUUUUUAAAACAUGUGGUCAAUUUAGUUUCCCUUUUCCUGGCAUAUAUGUAGUUUUGUCAUCUGCUUAUAACAAGGUCAGCUUUGCCAAUUAUACACUUCAUAUAACAGUCUUGGAGAAUAUUAAAGGUCUGAAGGUCCUUGGUCUUCCCUCUGUCUGGCCAGUAAAGAAGACAAUAGAUUUACUUGCAGAGGUAGAAUGUGGAUAUGCCUUAAUUUGUCAAUGGGUUUUCCAAGAGGAAGAUGGUGCUACACUUACACAGACAAGGCAAAGAGUAAAAUUCACUCCGCUAGAACCAGGGACACUUCAUAUAGUCCUUAAUGUCAGCAACAGUGUUUGUUUCUCUUUAAAGAGAUCUCUGGUUAUUGUUCAGGUACCAGUGACUAGUGUUUUACUAGAGAUGAAUAGUGAAGAAGUAUUCCUGCAUCAGUGUGUCAUAUUUAAGGCAUGUGUAUCUGAUGGAUCAGAUUUACAUUAUCAAUGGACAAUUGAAGAAAUACAUAUUAAAGAUGGAAUGAGCUCAGUAAAACAUUGCUACAAUGACACUGGGGAAUUUGUGACUAAUGUGACUGUGUUUAACCUGGUGAGCAUGGUCUACGCAUAUAAAAGAGUAAAUGUAAGAUUAGUAGAUUGUAAAGAGCCACUUGCCUGGUUAGUAGAAUCACCAGAAGUUAUAUACCGCUCUGAUGGUGGUAAUUUUGAGGCCAGCGUGAAUCUUAGAGGCUGCUACAAAUAUAAAGUCAGAUAUCGGUGGCAGGUGUAUAGGAAAUCGGAUAACCAGACAAUUACCCUUCCACAAACGGACAUGUCAAACUCUCUACUGAUCAUCCCUGGGCAUUUUCUGGACAUUGGAAUGUACUGUCUACAUUUUACAGUCACUCUUCAAGGCACCCCACUGUCAAAUAACAUUAAUCAUUUAUUUCAAGUAACUCAUAGUUUGUUAGUGGCCCUGAUACAUGGAGGAUCAAAACUGAUCUGGCCAGCAGAAACUCACCUAACUCUGGAUGGCUCAAAAUCUUAUGAUCCUGAUCAAGAUGAUUGUGAAAUGAAGUACGAAUGGAGUUCGGAACCUGUGGAUAUGGAGGACCAAUCCUGCUUUCUAAAGUUAUUGCCCAAUCUUCCAACAUUUACAAUUACCUGGUCUGAACUAUGUAGCAAUAUCUCAUAUAUUUUUACAUUGACUGUUUGGAAACCCGGAAGAAUCCCAGGAACAACCAAACAGACAGUUUUCAUUCAUAGUGGUCCUGUGUUCCCCGUUUAUAUCCGAUGCAUCUCUUGUGAUUUGCCAUUUUCAAAUUAUAUCAGCAAUAGGAGUCCUGUAAUUCUGCAUGGAGAGUGUGGCGGCUGUCAUAAUGACACACUGUUUAGGUGGAAUGCUGUGGACUCACAUGAAAAUCCUCUGGUCCUGGACAAGCAUACAACUACCACCGGUUCCUUACAGCGUGAACUUAUAAUUCGUAAAGGGGCUUUACAGGAUGAUAAAAGCUAUAUCUUCACCCUACACAUUAUUCAGCAGAUAGGACCAGGAUGGGGUACAGGCAGCAUUAUGCUAACCCCAAAUCAUCCACCUACUGGAGGAAAAUGCUCACUACUUUCACAAACUAAUAUAUUGUCGCAGGAUACCCCUCUGAAAUACAACUGCACAGGAUGGAAGGAUCCAGAUAUGGGCAUUCAGUUAUUUUACAUCGUGUCAAUAGACAUUUGCUCAUUCACAAGUUGUCAAAAAUUGUACUUAUACAGAGGUUUGAAAAGCUCACACAGUGUAUGGGUUCCUGUAGCUGUGGAGGUUGGAAAUAUUCAGAUAUAUAUAGAAGUGGAAGACAUGCAAGGAGCUUGGACACUGGCAUUAAACCGCUCACUGUCAAUUGUAGUUCCCUUCUUGUCCCAAGGAGUUUCAAUAACACAGUGGUUGAGGAAUCACAGUGACGUCAUGUUACAGCGCAUGCAGGUUGUGGGAGAUAGUGCACUGUUGCUUCCGCUUGCCCUGAAAAUGAUCUUGACAAUAAAACUGGACAAUAAUCUGACAGAAGAGGAGCACAAGUAUCAUAUCUCUAUAUUUAACAAAGUUACAGAUGCUUUGUCUUCAUGUAAUGUCUCCAGUCUAUGGGAAGUAGCAGCUUUCAGUGCAGCUUUGACGCAGAGCCUGGAUCCUCGACCUGAGUUGGAAACAGCAGUGCUUCUCAAGGUCCUGAAUUUUACUGAGAAAAUGAUCAAUGUGCUGAAUGCGGAAACUAACAAAGGCCGGAGAUAUGAAAAUGAUAUUCAAAAAAAUAUUCUCAUUAUACUAGGUUGUGUUAUUGAUGCCUCACAUUCUGAUGCUCUUUCUCUUUAUGCAUUUAACCUGACUCGAUAUUUUACAAUAACUUUGUGCAAAUUACACAUGGCUUUUGAAGAAUUGUUAUCAAUGAAUGUUCCUGGAGUUAAAAUACAAGCAGUAAAAGUUCAUCCUAAGAAUAUUCUGUGUUCCUCUUCACCCUACUUGGGCCAAAAAGCUAAGCUUCAAUCUGUGCCAGAUAAUUUGUUGGAUCACCCUGAACUUAUACAACUGUUUAUUGAGCUGGACAAUGAUCAUUUAUCUGGUGGACUUUUUCCGAACAUUUCUAUAACUUCUCAGUUGGUGGCUUUAGAAUUCAUAUCACCAAAAGGUGACUUUGUACCGGUAAAAGACCUGCCAGCAGAUGCUACCAUUCAGUUGAGAAUGCCAGUAAAAAAAGAAGUUAUUUUAAACCCUAUAUCAGUCUUCUUGCUUCCCAGAGGUUCAGCCAAUUUUACAGUAACUAUAGAAGAAAGAACAUAUAGAUCUGCAGGAGUGCAUCUGUAUAUUAUGGUCUCUAUAAUGAACAUGUUAGAUUUGUCUCAGGAAGUGUCUCCAGAGUUGCUAAUUUCAUACGGACCUGUUUAUUCUUCUAAUGAAGCUGACACACUGAAGAGUCACAUGUUUACAUUAACACUGGGACAAAAAUUGGAACAAAAUCUUAGUCUUCUGCUCCCAAAUGUUUGGAGUUGGCCUACAUCCAUGCUUGAGUACCAAGUAGAUAUCACUAGCCUGCUCUCUAUCAGUUCAGUCACGGUGUCAGUUAGCCUCUUUUCGAGCCUCUGUCAGUACUUUCAUAUGCCAAGCCAGACAUGGAGGACUGAAGGAGUGACACCGAGCAAUGGUAGCCUACCACAUGAGGCUGUUUGCCAAACUAACCACCUUACACUAUUUGGAGCCAGUAUGUUUGUGCCGCCACAUCAGCUAAUUUUGCUUCAUCCUGUGCCUCGACAGUGGACCCUUGUACUGAUGUGUUGUUUAGGGAUCCUUUGUCUGUAUCUGCUGCUGGUCCUUAUUUCUCACAAGUUGGACCAUAUGGAUGUGUCACGAGUAGGAACCAUUCCACUAUGUGGUCCGGCAGGCCAAUACAGAUAUUGGGUGCUGGUAAAAACAGGUUGGAGAAGAGGGGCAGGUACCACAGCACAUGUUGGAAUUUGUCUAUAUGGAGUCAACAAAAGUGGAGCUCGCCACCUACAAAGCAGAGGAGGGUUAAAUACUGGGAAUAUGGACAUGUUCCAGGUUGAAACUGAUUGUAACUUAGGAGAAAUAUGGAAAAUACGUGUGUGGCAUGACAAUACUGGCUUGGAUCCUUCAUGGUUUCUACAGUAUGUCGCUGUAUGGGACAAGCAGACAGAUUUUCUUUAUUUCUUCGUGGUAAAUGACUGGCUGUCUGUAGACAAUGAACGGAAUGGAGGAAGGGUGGAAAAAGAGAUUUUAGCCACAUGUCCUCAAGAACUCUCCAGUUUUUCCCAAGUCUUUCCAGCUCAACUAGCUCUUGGCCUGACAGACUGGCACCUUUGGUUGUCGGUGUGGUGGAGACCAGCACGAAGCCGCUUUACACGAAUCCAGAGAGUAACUUGCUGUGCACUGACAUUUCAUCUUUACAUGGCAGCUUGCUCUCUGUGGUAUGGAGCCACUGGAGUUCAAGGAGAAAGCUUGCCUCUAGGAUUCCAGUCUCUGGUUACUUGGCAAAGUGUUUGUAUUGGGAUCCUUACAUCAGUUAUGGCCCUUCCAGUGCAGCUUCUGUUCUCAUUCUUUUUCAGAGAAACACGUAGCCUGGUAUUUGUAGAAGAUUCAGUUACCUCUGCUUCCACCACAGAAGAGGAAAUACAUAUGGAUUCACCGUCAAUAUUAUCCAUUCCUGGAAGAGCUGAUUUUUUGACAGACAGCAGUUCUGUCAGCCACAGGUCUGUAACAAGCAGUAAAUUUACCUUUGACCUUGGCAAGGUUGAAUUGUGGCAUUUAGAGAGUUCAGCGCCCUUCUGGAUGUCCUCUUGUGAGAGCUUGUAUGAUGUUCGGGAUGAUAUUCCAUUAAAGUCAGGAUUUAGCUUCACACAAUCCUUGUUUGAAGAGAAGAAAAAUUAUCAGUCUGGCAAACAGUCUGCCUGUAGCUCUGGUGAUGAUCCAUUAUCCCUGUCAGAGGGGUCCAGUUGCAGUCACCAUUUUACAUUUUUAGAAGAGAAUCUACUUCAGUCUACUGUUGGUGAACCUCAUGAGUGUAAAACAAGCGAGUCAGACAGUGGAAGGUUUUCACCACGUCCAAAUCAAAGAUCACCCAGUACUGAAAGUGGUUUUAGCCACAUGUCUGAGAAUACACUUACCCAUGUGACUGGAUGCUGGUCUGUCAAUGACCAGUAUGUACCCAUGAGGGGUUCAUUUUCUUCCUCUUCAGUGUCUGAUGGGAGCAAUAAUGACUCUGAGCUUCAAGAUUGCUGGAAAAUCUCAUCCGCAUCACCCUCACCCUUUAAUACACGCAUUGGUAUUCGCUGGAAGCCUCUUGGAUGGCUCUUCCCUUCUGGGAUGCUGUGGGUGGUUUAUGCAGUUUCAUUUUUGAUAAUAGUUGGAUGUGCUGUGGUCACAAUUCUAUAUGUGUCAUCACUUGCUGAGCAUGGAUUCUUAUUGUGGCUUAUUUCAUGCGCAUGUGCGGUGCUUACAUCUGCAAUACUACUGGAACCUUUUAGAGUUUUGCUCCUAUCAUUUUACUAUGCCCUACAUAGCCCCCCUGUUCUCAGUGAAGGACUGGGGUUGGUGGAGGAGCCACUUGUUAAGAAGGUAUUGGAUCAAUUUGAUAAAGUUCGAGCCCCAGGGGGUUUUAGCCUUCUCCAAGCAAAAGAGGAAGCAAGGAGAAUGCGUGCACUGAAGACAAUGAUCAGGAGUUGUACAGGUUACAUGUUUUUCCUACUUCUGGUGCUAAUGAUGAAUUUUCAAAGUACUUUUCAUGAUAACAACAUUCGACUACUCAACUCGGCUAUUAAACGAUCUAUCAGAAACACUACUGGUGCUGAGGACAGCUUUACUACAAUACAGAGUGUUUCAGAUCUAUGGCAUUGGCUUGAAAAUACUUUACCUUCUCACCUCUACAACGAUCCUCGACUGACCUUGGUGGGAUCUCCACGUUUCUGCCAGUAUAACUCUGGUUCGUUUUCUACCAAUCCAACCAGCUGGAAAUAUUCAGAUCUGUGCACCCACCCUACUUUAGGAGAAAAUGGUUCACAUAAUUAUUUAAGGUGCAUGGAGGAACCAUGUCAGUUACUUGGCAACAAAAUACAAAGUACAAAACAAAUCAUCCAAACCCUGAAGAAUGUAAGCUGGAUUGAUAGAAGUACUCUGGAAUUGGAGAUAACCCAGUAUCAUAAGGAUGCUCACCUUUACAUUUCCACUAUUCUCCAGCUCAAUCUCUCACCUCAUGGCAUCAUGACUUCCAGACUGACCAUCCUUCCAUUCCACAUCCUGGAUGUCAGAUAUGGUCUGAACUUACCCAUGGUACUGGCUUUAUCUUUACUUCUUGCUGCCAUUUGUUUCCUAUACCUGGAACUAGCUGCCAUAAAAGAUCUCUGCACCAUGAAAUCAUCUUACUCUCCAGAUUGGACACAAGUUAUUAUAGGGCUGAUAUCUGCAGCAAUUGGAUUUGUGCAUUUUGGCAGGAUUUCGCUGACAAAGUAUGUGAUGGCCAAAUAUCAUGCAAAACCUUGGGCAUUUAUCAACCUGUAUGACGUAGCAAUGCUGUCACAAAUUCAAGUAGCCUUGUCUGCCUCUCUGCUGUUUCUUAUUAUGUUAAAGAUUUCUAAACAAUUGCGCUUUGUACGGAGAUGGUCAAUUUUUGGAAAGAUAUUUCAAAAGUUAAAGCGGGAUCUAUUCGGAUGCGUGUUUUUUAUUACCAUUUUAUUCCUUGCCUUCAUUCAUUUUGUAAGCACAAUAUCCUACAUGAAAGAACUUCCAGUCUUUACCCUGCAGCACGGUUUUGGACAUCAGUUUGUUUUAAAGAGGUUCCCCUUCAUAGGAUUAUGUCUUGGAUUGGUUCUCUCUGUGGUGUGCAGAGGGCUUUUAUGUGGUUUAGUACUUAGUGUUCAUCGCAGUAUACGAACUGAAAACUACUGCCAAGCGUUGGAACCUCAGGAUCAUGAGAUGAUUGAUUUUCUUGUCAAAAGGUUGAAAUUAUUGUUAGGGGUCAGCAAAGUAAAAGAGUAUCGCCAUACAGUGAGAUUUGAAGGUUUGGAGUCUCAUUCAACAAAAACUUCCAAUACUGCCCUGUCAACUCACACCUUGACUUUUGAGCAUGAUGAUGUGGUAUCCUUAAACAGCCCUCAACCUUUAUUUUCACCUGGUCUAGCUUUGGAACACCUUCCUACAGCCGUCACUAACUUAUUAGACAGGAUGGAUAAAGUAACCACUGUGCUUAGAGAAGUGUACACAUUGGAGAAAAAGUUAUAUCUAUGGCAAAUAAUGCAAAGAUCUUAUAAAGCUCCCCGUAAAGAAACAGAGUCAUCUCAGGAAAAUACUAAACAACUACCACUGCCACGUACCUACAGUACUUUUUCAGAGUCUGCUUUAACUCGUCUAAAGUACAUGGGACAUAUGUCAGAUAACUGGAUGUUUCAAAGAGCAACUUCAGAAAGUACAGGUUUGCGAGCAUACCCUGCUUCUGCUGGCUUACUUGGCAAAGCCAUCCUGCCCAUAAGAAGACCCCACAGUGAAGAAAGAUCUGGUGUUUGCAAAAAAAAUGAAGUUAUUCGGACAGUGCCACAGAAACGUAAAGCAUGGGACUCUGAGAAGCCAGAAGAAGAUGCAAUAUGACACAAAUAUUACACACAUGGGCUGAAAUUUCUCAUUGUCUUUAGACAGUUUUUUGUGUCUAGAAAAGUGCAAGCAGGGUUUAUUGCACCUUGCGGUUUACCCAUUUCUGCUGAUUUUGAGUUGCAAUCCACUGAUUUUGGCAAUACACAAGAUAUGGAAGGGUUUUAUGAACUGCGCUAAGGCGCUAAGCCACUGAAAAGUCUAUAAAACUACACCAGCCCAGACUUAGCUUAGCUUUUUGGUGUAUGUAAAGAGAGAAAUUUCAGAAAAUGUGACCUGCACAAAAUUUUUCAAAUGUUCUGUGACCAUUUAAUAAAUUUGGUGCUCGUACACAUUAACAGCACACAAAAAAAGCUGUAAAAAAAUGCUUCACUUACACCUACAAUGAUAAAUGCCGGCCAUACUGUAUGAUGCUCACUAUCUGAAGCCCAGUCACACAAUUCUAUCCUGCUGGAAACAUUAUCAGGGGAAAGACAGAACUGUAAAAGGAUAUCCAACCUUUAACAACAUAAUAUGCCAGAAAAGACCCACCAUUUUUAAAGGGGUCUGACUCCCAGCACUUCCACCAUUCAGCUGUUUGUUAACACCAAGGUUACACUAGCUGUCGUCAGUUUGCACUUGCAAAUGCCAUACUAUCGGUAACAGUGCAAGGUAAUGCAAUGUUGUCUCAUUCACUUGAACUUGCCAAUUCAAAUAGUACAGUAGUUUUAAGUACAAACUGGCCUGCAGGUAGUGAAGAGGGGAAAAUACUUGCAAAAACAACGAAUGGCAGGGUGCUGGUAGUUAGAGCCCUGUCAAUCUAAUAGCUUUGGCCUAAGCUUAGGUCAGGCCAUCAAUUUCUAAAGGCUGGUUAACAUUUUUAAGGACAAACCUACCUCACCUCCCAGUGGAUUCAUUACUAGAUUUCUUUGCUAAGAAAUGUGAUUAAAUCAAUUUUAGGGAGGAAUUGUGGACCUGUUUCUUGUUUCUUUUACAUCGUAAAUACAUAUUAAAUCCCUCUAAUGCACGAGGGGAAAA